AUGAAUCGGAGCUACUUGCCGUGGCCUCCGCCAUUGCCGCCGCCGUCAGCUGGGAGGCUGCGUCUACCGGCGACGGAAAAUCCGCAAGAAAUUUUAGCCUCGCAACGCCACAAGUUUACUUGCGCAAGUCUCAGUCGUAGCAAUUGGAAGCCGAAAAAGCCCUACAAAGUUCACGCGGCUGAAACCUCUGAUUUCCAGCAAGCCAGUAGAUAUAAUAAGAAAGGUCGCAGGUUUUUUCAGAAGAAGAGGCAGCAGAGGGAGAGUUGCGAUUUUGAGCCAUUCACGCCCCACAACACGACGUCGUUUCUGAUAAGGGCUAAGAGGUCCGGCGGAAUAGCCUCCUUGGUGUCGCCGUACCCGGUUACGCCGUCCGUCCUCCCCACGCCGAAAUUCUCGCCGUCGAGGGAGGUUUUGGCGGAGGUGGCGAAGGAAGAGUGGGGCGUGGACGGAUACGGGUCGAUGAACGGGCUGAUCCGACUCCGAUCGCCGGAAAAUGGAGCCGAAGGAGAAGGCGUUAUCGAUUCGUGCGAGAGCGAGGUGGAGAAGCGGUUGAGCCAUGACCUCAACCGUUUCGAGAUGAUUUACGACCCGAAUUACGGCAACGGCAACCAAAACAGAAUCCUGUACAACGUCGACGGCGUGGACGAGCACAUCGAGAGGUUAGAAGAGGAGAACAUGGUUUUGAAGGAGAGAAUAUACAUAAUUGAGAAGGAACUGGGGGAGUUGCGCAGGAGAAUGCUGUGUUUUGAAGCGGAGGACGAAAACGGUGAAUCGGAGAAUGACGUCGGCGGCGGGGGCUCGGAGGGGAGCGUUGGCGACUGA